AUGCUCGAGGCGGAGCAGGAGCAGAGUCUAUAUGAGAGAAGAUUACGACUUGCUGCUUGCCGGUUGGGCGUCCUAUUUGAAUUAUGGGUCUGGGCAUGCCACAGGAGGUUUAACUGUUCUCUGCUUUCUGUGCAGUCAGAAAAUGCGAAAUCUGAGGGCACGUUCCAGGUCACCAUGCUGCCCGGAGAUGGGGUGGGCCCAGAGCUCAUGCACGCAGUCAAGGAAGUGUUCAAGGCCGCCAGUGUGCCUGUGGUCUUUGAUGAGCAUCACCUGAGUGAGGUGCAGAACAUGGCAUCAGAAGAAAAACUGGAUGAGGUGGUUGACUCUAUGAAGGAAAGUAAAGUGGCCCUUAUAGGCAAGAUCCACACCCCCAUGGAGUACAAAGGAGAGCUGGCUUCGUAUGACAUGAGACUCAGGCGCAAAUUAGACUUGUUUGCCAAUGUUGUCCAUGUGAAGAGCUUACCAGGCUAUAAAACACGGCACAACAACUUGGACCUCGUGAUCAUUCGUGAGCAGACAGAGGGGGAGUACAGCUCUCUGGAACACGAGAGUGCAAAGGGAGUCAUCGAGUGCCUGAAGAUUAUCACGCGGGCCAAGUCGCAGCGCAUUGCCAAGUUUGCCUUCGACUAUGCCACCAAAAAAGGGCGCUCCAAAGUCACAGCUGUGCACAAAGCCAACAUUAUGAAACUAGGCGAUGGGCUGUUCCUGCAGUGCUGUGAAGAAGUGGCAGAACUGUAUCCCAAGAUCAAAUUUGACACCAUGAUAAUUGACAACUGCUGCAUGCAGCUGGUGCAGAACCCCUACCAGUUUGAUGUCCUGGUCAUGCCGAACCUCUACGGGAACAUCAUUGAUAACCUAGCGGCUGGCUUGGUGGGCGGUGCCGGUGUGGUUCCUGGCGAGAGCUACAGCGCAGAGUACGCCGUGUUCGAGAUGGGUGCCCGCCACCCGUUUGCCCAGGCCGUGGGCAGGAACAUUGCUAAUCCCACUGCCAUGCUGCUCUCAGCUGCCAACAUGUUGCGACAUCUCAACUUGGAAUUUCACUCCAAUUUGAUUGCGGAUGCAGUGAAGAAGGUGAUCAAAGUCGGAAAAGUGCGCACAGCGGACAUGGGGGGAUACGCCACGUCCCUGGAUUUCACGCAAGCUGUGAUAGCUGCCCUGGAUGCCUAAGGCCCUCUUCUCCUGCUCUGGCAGUCCAGGUGCUCUUGCGUGGCCUGCAUAGUAAUUUAUUGCUUCCCAGCAGCUCUGCUGAGCCGAGCCUGCCCUCACACGUAAUAAAGCAGCCUCUGCACCACCA